GCCGGGGGUUUGAACGGAGGGUCUCCCGCCCGCGGCUGGGCUGCGUCGGCUGCGACGGGUGCGGGAGGCGGCGACGGCCGGGGCAGGGGGUCUAGGCCCGGAGGCUGAGGCUGGCGCGGCGGGCGCUGGGGGCCCUGCCCCCGUGUCGAUGAUGGGCAAAGAAGAGGAGAUUGCGCGGAUCGCCCGGAGGCUGGACAAGAUGGUGACCAAGAAGAGUGCGGAGGGAGCCAUGGACCUGCUGCGGGAGCUGAAGGCCAUGCCCGUCACGCUGCACCUGCUGCAGUCUACGCGCGUCGGCAUGUCCGUCAACGCCCUGCGGAAGCAGAGUUCUGAUGAGGGGGUCAUCGCGCUGGCCAAGUCGCUCAUCAAGUCCUGGAAGAAGCUCCUGGAUGCUUCAGACGCCAAAGCCAGGGAGCAGAGGAGGGGCGGACCUCUGCCCGCAUCGUCCUCGAAGGAGUCCCCUGAGGCCCAGGAUCCCAGCCGCAAGAGGCCAGAGCUGCCCAGGAUGCCAUCGGCCCCGAGGAUCACCACGUUUCCCCCGGUGCCGGUCACCUGUGAUGCCGUGCGCAACAAGUGCCGUGAGCUGUUGACCGCCGCCCUGCAGACAGACCAUGAGCACAUGGCCGUCGGUGCAGACUGCGAGGGCCUGUCGGCCCAGAUUGAGGAAUGUAUCUUCCGGGACGUGGGGAACACGGACAUGAAGUAUAAAAACCGUGUGCGGAGCCGCAUCUCCAACCUCAAGGACGCUAAGAACCCCGACCUGCGGCGGAACGUGUUGUGUGGUGCCAUAACACCCCAGCAGAUCGCUGUGAUGACGUCAGAGGAGAUGGCCAGCGACGAGCUGAAGGAGAUUCGGAAGGCGAUGACCAAGGAGGCCAUCCGAGAGCACCAGAUGGCCCGCACGGGGGGCACGCAGACAGACCUCUUCACCUGUGGGAAGUGCAAGAAGAAGAACUGUACUUACACGCAGGUGCAGACCCGCAGCUCUGAUGAGCCCAUGACCACCUUUGUCGUCUGUAAUGAGUGUGGAAACCGCUGGAAGUUCUGCUGAGCCCUCGUUGACAUGUCUGAAGCCUUGGGCCGUGCCCAGUGUUGGCCAUGGCCUUCCCUGCGUCCUCUGUCGACAGACAUAGCUUCUGGAGACCUGCCCUGUGCCUACCUGAACUUCCCCAGAGGGCUGUGCACCCUGCCCCCCACCCUGCCUGCAGUGCACCUUUCUUCCUCUUUCCCCCAAAUUAUUAAAUGUUUCUUUUUGCCAUGGUGUUGUUCCUGGCCCUUGGUUCUGGUGGGCCAUGCACGGUCUUGGGCUGUGACCUGGGCCGCCCUUGCCCCCCCACCACUGGGGAUAGCCCUCCUCCCUGGGAUCAGGUGACACUUAGGUUUGGCCCUAGUGGAACAGAGGUGGAGGGAAGAGACCGCUGGCCUUCGGAGGGGCCUGGUGAUCCCAGGAGGGACCCAGAUUCCUGCCUGUGUGUGCCCAUGGAGGAGGGACAGGUGCAGGGGCGCACAGCAU